GGGAGCGCGCACACCGUGCUCCUGGCUACGGCAGCCGGGGAGGGACGCGGGUGAUCACCUUCCCCGCAGCAAUGGCGGCCGCGCCUCCCCCGCCGCUGCAGCCCAGACCGCUGCCGGUGUUCAGCGAUGAGGGCUUCGGGGAUAAGUUCCUGCGCAAGACCCGCGAGAACCCCCUGGUGCCCCUCGGCUGCCUCUGCACUGUCGGCGUCCUGACCUACGGACUGAUCAGCUUCAAGAGGGGCAACACCCGCCGCUCUCAGCUGAUGAUGCGGGCACGUAUCCUGGCUCAGGGCUUCACCUUCGCAGCCCUCCUGGGAGGCAUGGUGGUCACAGCCAUGAAAUCUCGACAGUGAAAUGGGGCAAGAGAGAAGCUGCGGGCGUGCGCCCACCAGCCUGUGAUGGAGUUCUCUGAGAGACGUUUGAUGCCACGGUGGAGACAGUGUCAGAGAUCCUCUGUGUUCUAGAAAUGCAACUAAUACACCUCUGUGAUUAACCUGAAA